AAAAAUAUCACAGGCGCGUAGCCUCCAUUUUGAAUUUCGAAGUACGCAUUCUCUACUUCCACCUCUUUUACCCAGCAAGAAAUGGGCGAGUCCUGUAGCCCACACAGAACUAUCAGUGGAUCACUAGAAGGUGAUCUUAUUAAGUGUAGGUAAAAUGGGAAAAAUGUGCAAACAGGAAAGGAAUCCACGCUGAACUUCACUCACCCGAGAAGAGCAAAAUAGGGUGGUCGUUACUGAGAUUCAGCAAUGGACGAUAAAGUUACGGAGCCAGUCAGCGAUACUGACGCUGUUCUGUUGAAGAAAUUCGGUGGCGUAGGGCUUGUAAUGACCAUUGUGUUCACAAUAGCGAUUGGAUUGAUGAUUGUAAUCAUUGUCAAGAGACAGAUUCUAAGAAUGAUACUAAUCUCAAGACGGGGGCCACACACCUCUAUUGGAGCUGACGCACCUCGGCCUCUCACCAGACAGAUCGAGAACCAGCUAAAAAGAAUAUCCCAUCUGAGAAUAGAGCCUCGCAUGAUGUCAGAACAGUUCAACAGACCAGCUGAUGAAUCCUCCUUUGACUCCCCUCCAGACCAAUAUUCUCGCAGCUAUAAAUACCGCAUGAAGGCCAUGGAUAAGAUGGGAGAACUUGAUGACUUGAUAUGUUCUGUCAGUCAUAAGUACAAUCGUCGUAAGAGCCAGCCAGUUCGCAGUUACCUUAAAAUGCUGCAGCAACAGCAAGUGAUCAAGAAAGGCGAUGACACCAUCGACAAGCUGGCAGACAUGUAUGAACAUGCCCGCUUUGAACCAAAGGAGUUUGGGAAUAUUCAGUAUAAGAAGUUUGCAUAUCUGGUGGAACAACUAAAGGACAGGGUGCGUUUGUAUGUCAAUGUCCCAGGGAGCCUGAUUAUCAACAGCUCAAACAAACAACCUAAGAAGAAAAAACUUUCCAGUGCAAAAAUACCCAGCUCUGACAUCAAGACCACAAAAAAACCCAACACAAUUGGUCCCCCACCUUCAACUAUAAUGGAUCCCGGGGAGGGGCCGUCUACACAGGAAACGGAUCCGGGAAUUCAGACUGAACCUAAGAUCACAGGUGAAGCAGAUGUCGAUAGUAUCGACAAAGCAGUUGCAUAAAUGGGCCGCACAAAAUCGCACUGGCGAAUCGAACUGGCACAUUGCAAUCAAGACAGUGAACAGAUGGAGAUAGUCGUGGCCAAGCCGGAUGUUUGUUGGUCUUUUUAUCGCGAAAAACCAGCCACGAGGGAUCGUAGACGCCAUGUUGGACACUCGUCUCCUAUUUUUUCUCUAAAAAUCCUCAAUCCAAGAUGGCAUCUGGGUUUUUCGAUAUGAAACACUACCAAUGGCCUGCAUACAGGUUGUAAGACUAGUUUAUUAUAACUUUUCUGAAUCAUUACUCAUAGUAUACUGACAAAAAGAUGACGAGAAAGAUUUUGUUUAAGUGCAGUAGUCUUGCACUUAGAAAUCACGUGACCUUUCUUUGGCAAACUCGCGUACGCCAAAAAAACAACAACAAAAAGCAACUUAUUCAGCGCUUAUGAAUAUUUGUCAGAAAGGGCUUUUUUUUUCAAUGAAAUAUUUUACUUCUUUAUUCUCUCUCUGGCGUGACGGGUGUAAAGGUUUUUUUUUUGGCGGGAUUUCGCCACCCAAAAAGGCACGUAAUUUUGGGUGUGUAGUCAACCUUGUAAUCAACAGCUAUAUUCUGACGAACCAAAAGCGGACUAAAGGGUUUUGAUUACUCCUGGAGACGGCAAGAGCUUACAAAAUGUAUGUGGUGAGAAGAACUCCUGAAUGUCAAAAUAAUGCCUGAAGAAAACAUGAGUAUUGACGAA